AUGUCCUGGAGAGACUUUGCCGUGAGACAGUUCCUGGCCAAUCAGCAUGGCAGGAGCGGAAGUCAGUAUUCGUCUUCAAAUCUUUUUUUUGACCCGGAGCCAGACAACCUGCCAUCGACUAAUGAUUCCUCCUCCGCAGAGGAAGAUUUUGAUUCCUCCGUUUUGUUUGGAAUGUUGAGAGGGAAUGUGGUUGGCUUGCGUUAUUAUACUGGGGUGGUUAACAAUAACGAGAUGGUUGCACUUCAGCGUGAACCCAGCAACCAAUAUGACAGAAAUGCAGUCAAGGUGAACAAUGUUAAUGGAGAACAGGUCGGUCAUAUAAAGAAAGAACUGGCUGCAGCUUUGGCCCAGAUUAUGGACAGAAAGUUAGCAAAGCUUGAAGGUAUUGUGCCGUAUGGGGCUCAUAAUGCCUUUACUAUGCCAGUGAACCUGAGUUUUUGGGGAAGAGAGGAAAACAAGCAAGUUGUUCUGGACCAUAUGAAGAAAUAUGGUUUCAAACUUGGACCAUUGACACAGAGCUCACAGAGUUUCGAAGGAAGUUUCUUUUCUCCAAAAGCUCAGCCCCGACUCGGUGCUCCAUCUCUCCCAGCUGUGCAAAUGACUACAGAGCAGCUGAAGACUGAAUUUGAUAAAUUAUUUGAAGAUCUGAAGGAAGAUGAUAAAACCAGCGAAGUUGAACCUUCAAAGGCUGUGGGAACAUCAUUGCUCCCUCAUCAGAAGCAGGCACUGGCUUGGAUGGUGUCACGCGAGAACAGUAAAGACCUGCCACCGUUUUGGGAACAGAGGAACAACCUCUACUACUGCACUCUUACAAACUUUGCAGAAAAAGAAAGGCCAGAGAGUGUAAGAGGAGGGAUUCUGGCAGAUGACAUGGGACUGGGAAAGACUUUAUCAGUCAUUGCUUUAAUCCUCACUAACUUUCAUGAUGGAAAAAUGUUUCCAGUUGGGUAUGGAAUUUCUGGCGAAUCGUCUUCAAAAGAAAAAUCUUUUGUACAAGAUGACUCAAGAAAAUCAUUUAACAAGAAACAGGCACAGAGGAAAACAGAUGAAACAAAUGAAGGUGCCAGCAGCAGCAAAGGAGAAACUAAAGCUCGGCCUAAAAGGCAAAAAGCUGGAAAAGCCAAGUAUUCAUUCAACGACUCUGAAGAGGAGGAUGAAUGGAUCCCACGAAAAAUAAAAGCUCCUCCGACAUGCAAUGUUGUGGAUGAUGAUCAGUUUGCCAUGGCUCUCUUUGGCACUGCCCCAGCUGUGAAGGAAAAAACAAAGAUGAAAGGCACAACGAUAAAAGGCACAGUUAAACCCCUAACUGAUAAUCCUUCAAAAUGUAAAGCACAGAAACAUCCUAGAACAACUCUAAUCAUUUGUCCCCUGUCAGUGCUGAGUAACUGGAUUGAUCAGUUUGAGCAACAUGUAAAAGCAGAUGCCAAAUUAAAUAUUUACCUCUACUAUGGAUCUGAACGCAACAAAAAUCCAGACUUUCUUUCCAAGCAGGAUGUUGUAUUAACAACGUACAGUGUGGUAACUCAUGAUUAUGGCGUAAGUCAGCUGAGUCCACUACAUAAAAUAAGGUGGCUGAGAGUUGUGUUGGAUGAAGGACACACAAUUAGAAACCCAAAUGCCCAGCAAACAAAAGCUGUUCACAACCUGGAUUCAGAGAGGCGAUGGGUACUAACGGGUACCCCUAUUCAGAACUCCUUGAAGGAUUUGUGGUCUAUUCUCUCGUUCUUAAAACUGAAACCAUUCACAGACAGGGAGUGGUGGCACCGUACAAUCCAGAGACCAGUCAGCAUGGGAGAUGAAGGAGGAUUGCGCCGAUUACAAGCACUCAUUAAAAAUAUCACCUUGAGGAGGACAAAAAAAACUAAAGUGAAAGGAAAGCCUGUACUGCAGCUGCCAGAACGUAAAGUUUUUGUCCAGCACAUCAAACUUUCAUCAGAGGAAAAACGAAUAUACGAAUCAAUGCAGAAUGAAGGAAAACUUAUUAUUAGCAGGUACUUUAAUGAAGGGACAGUCCUCACACAUUAUGCUGAUGUGCUUGCAGUGCUUGUCAGAUUAAGGCAGCUCUGCUGUCAUCCCCACCUUGUUUCAUCCAAACUGUCAAGUUCUCUCUCGGCCAGUUCAACCAGAGAUGAAUUACAAGAGAAGUUGGUGAACAAAAUAAAGCUGGUGCUAAGCUCAGGCUCAGAUGAAGAAUGUUCUAUAUGUCUAGACUCUCUGAACAUGCCAGUUAUAACCCGCUGUGCACAUGUCUUUUGUAAAGAGUGCAUUUGUCAGGUUAUUUACAGCAAACAGUCAAAUGCACAGUGUCCCAUGUGCAGAGGUGAAGUGCGCCUGGAACAUUUGCUGGAAUGUCCAGAUGAAGAGUCUGACCUGAGUGACAGCCAAAAGAAAGAUCAGAUAUGGAUGUCUAGUUCCAAAAUAAAUGCUUUAAUGCAUGCACUGACAGAACAGAGAAAUACAGAUCGGCAUGUCAAAAGUAUCAUUGUUUCACAGUUCACCUCGUUCUUAUCAUUGAUUGAAACAGCUCUAAGAGAGUCCGGCUUCACGUUUACACGCCUGGAUGGAUCUAUGAACCAGAAAAAGCGCACAGAAGCAAUUCAGUCAUUCCAAAGCAGUCAUAACGACUCUCCAACCAUUAUGCUGCUGUCACUGAAAGCUGGAGGAGUUGGUCUAAACCUGACAGCGGCAUCUCGUGUGUUUCUGAUGGAUCCUGCAUGGAAUCCAGCUGCUGAAGAGCAAUGCUUUGAUCGUUGUCAUCGACUAGGACAGACCAAAGAAGUUAUUAUUACUAAGUUUGUUGUUAAAGAUUCAGUGGAAGAAAAUAUGCAAAAAAUUCAGAACAAGAAGCGAGAGCUGGCUGCAGGGGCAUUUGGAGGAAAUAAGCCGACUUCCAGUCAAAUGAAGCAAGCGCGCAUUAAUGAAAUCCGUACCCUGGUGGAUCUGUAG